ACUUGAUCAAGUCUGGGCUGAUUGCGGAUGGGAUAACCGUCCGGUACAAGUGUUUGCCCCCGGACCUGAUGAAUCGAUCACCGAUCAUUGGGAGGGCUUCCUGUACGUUUACACCUAUCCUUUUACACUCAAGCUCGACCCCCCAAUCGACCCGGUUAUUUUGGAUAUGUGCCAUACAUAUAACGUAACCUUGGCCCAAAUUGGUCCCAUAGUCUGGAGGACCGUGGCCUGCCUCCGGCUGUUGGCCAACAACUUGAAGAAGGAGUUUACGAUGGCUCAUUUCAUCUAAUUAUAUUCCUCAAGGUUGUUCCGAGGGGUGUAAUAAAGCUCGCCAAGCGAAGCCGGAACCCAAUCUUUUCGAAGAUGGAUGAAGAUAGAGACUGAGGUUGGCUAGAGCGCUACGUCCGGGUGAGGACCGCGGACAUUAUUCCGUCCAACUAUAUGCCCUUUCCGGAGAGGUGGAAUGAUAAUCAUAAGUGUCUCAGUUCUUUUAAUAGUUACCUUUGAAUGCUUUGUCAAACGCUUGUCCUUUCAUAUUAUCACGAUUCGUCCCCUUUUUUAUACCAGUCAUGGCAUGGAUACCUCCGGUUGUCCGAAACAUGAACGAAUGGGUUGGUGCUCUCCUUAGCCAACACACCCAUGAAGCACGGACAUGGGGACUCCUGUCGCGUGGCCGAUGGGUCGCUCAAAACCACGGUCUACCCAAGGGCUCGGUGGACCCAAGACCGGAGCCAGCAGCCGAACCCGCUGCGCCGGCACCCGAAUUUGAUUCAGCGGGUACAUCCCGUAUUAUUGCUGCUACCAACAAAAGUAGGAGAAACCCCUCGGACAAAGGGCAGAAACCGAAGAAGAGGGCCAGAAGCGUCGUUCGGACUUUAAGAGAUGAAACAGGGCCCGAUUUCCUCGUUCGGAGGGUCGGUGCGACCCCUUCCGUUGCUUUUAUUCCGGAAGAGGAUGUCACCAUUCCACCACUUCCUUCAGCCGAGGAAGGACUGUCAGCUCCGGCAUUGCAAACAGGUGGGGAAGAAGUUCUUUACCCGACUCCUCUAAGGUCAAUUGAAUAUGUUGACAUUUCAGGUGAUGCUUCAUCCGAGGAGACCCCCCUGCAAAGGACUAGAAGGUCCGGGCAAGCUCCAGCUGCCGAAGCCGAUCAGAGGGCUGAGCCGGUCCCCGAGACCGAGGCUCCAAUGGAUGUUGGUCCACUGCCCGGCGACGAGACUGCUGCAACUUCCGAGAUCCCUGCCUCUACCGAGGCUGCUCCAAAUUCUCCAACUCCAGUUUCUCCGACUCCAGCUUCGAGGUCGGAUAACUUUGAUGAUAUGUUCUCGGAUACUCCUCCUGCUACCGAGUUAGCUGCCGGUUUCGGACAUCUCCCUAUCCCUCGAGUCACGAGGGAAGCUAGUCGCUCCACCGAAACUGGUGCAAGGGAUAGCCUGGUGCGCAUUUUUCCGGCCCCAAGUGUGGAAUCUAGGAGGACAAGAUCGGCCGUGAUUACCGUCCUCGAGGACUGCAACUUUUUAUCUCGUCCGGUGGGAGUAGCAAGCUAUCUGAGGCCCCUCGUCUCGGAAUCGGAUAAGCGGAAGAUGAUCGGAGUCCCCUGGCAGAGUCUCAUUAACGAGGGCAUGCACGCGGGCAAUCGAGGUCGAGAAGCAGAGAAGUUCCAGCACCUUUUGCAAGUGAAGGAGGAUGAAUUGAACCGAGCUGUUGCCCUUUUCAACCUUCAACCUGAGCUCGAAGCAGCGAAGGCCGAAAACCUUCGAUUAAAGGAUGAGUUAGCCGGGAUGGUCGAGAAGAACCGGCUUCUGGAAGCGGACAAGGUUGGCCUUAGCCAAGAUAAUGCUCGUUUUUCUUCAAGGCUUGGUGAGCUCGAAACCACUAUCUCUCAACUUCGGGGGGAGCUUGACUCGGUCAAGUCUGAUGCUGUGAACAUGGCCGAGAGGCAUUGGCUGCUUGAAUCUGAGAGUGCUAAGUAUAAGGAGAGGAUGAGGGUGUUCGAGCAAAAAGCCGAGGACAAGGCCCGGAUAUGCGACGAGUUGAAAAUCGAACUCGAGGAGACGGCCGAGGCUAAUGACCUUCUCAAAGCCGAGCUCGAGUUGGACACUCAAUCCAAAGAAUCCUUGAUAAAGAGAGAGAUGAAUUAG